CUGGAGCAGGUCGGCGGUGCCGCACCCGCGCCCCUGCCCCGGCCGGGCCCCGGCCCCCAGCGCCAUGGACAAGCUGCCGCCGUCCAUGCGCAAGCGGCUCUACAGCCUCCCGCAGCAGGUGGGGGCCAAGGCGUGGAUCAUGGACGAGGAAGAGGACGCCGAGGAGGAGGGGACUGGGGGCCGCCAGGACCCCAGCCGCAGGAGCAUCCGGCUGCGGCCGCUGCCCUCGCCCUCACCCUCGGCGGCCGCGGGCGGCACGGAGCCCCGGGGCGCGGCCCUCGGGGCGGCGGACGGCGAGGGGCCGGCCCGCGGCGCGGGCAAGUCCAGCACCAACGGCGACUGCAGGCGCUUCCGCGGGAGUCUGGCCUCACUGGGCAGCCGGGGCGGCGGCGGCGGCGGCGGCGGCGCCGGAGCGGGGGGCGGUAGCAGCCACGGGCACCUGCAUGACUCCGCGGAGGAGCGGCGGCUCAUCGCCGAGGGCGACGCGUCCCCCGGAGAGGACAGGACGCCCCCGGGCCUGGCGGCCGAGCCAGAGCGCCCCGGCACCUCGGCUCAGCCCGCAGCCUCGCCGCCGCCGCCCCAGCAGCCGCCGCAGCCGGCCUCCGCCUCCUGCGAGCAGCCCUCGGUGGACACCGCUAUCAAAGUGGAGGGAGGCGCGGCCGCCGGCGACCAGAUCCUCCCAGAGGCCGAGGUGCGCCUGGGCCAGGCCGGCUUCAUGCAGCGCCAGUUUGGGGCCAUGCUCCAGCCCGGGGUCAACAAAUUCUCCCUGAGGAUGUUUGGCAGCCAGAAAGCCGUAGAGCGCGAGCAGGAGAGGGUGAAAUCGGCCGGAUUUUGGAUUAUCCACCCCUACAGCGACUUCAGAUUUUAUUGGGACCUGACUAUGCUGCUGCUGAUGGUCGGAAACCUCAUCAUCAUUCCGGUGGGCAUCACCUUCUUCAAGGACGAGAACACCACACCCUGGAUCGUCUUCAACGUGGUGUCAGACACAUUCUUCCUCAUCGACUUGGUCCUCAACUUCCGCACAGGGAUCGUGGUGGAGGACAAUACUGAGAUCAUCCUGGACCCACAGCGGAUUAAGAUGAAGUACCUCAAAAGCUGGUUCGUGGUAGAUUUCAUCUCCUCUAUCCCUGUGGACUACAUUUUCCUCAUCGUAGAGACACGCAUUGACUCUGAGGUCUACAAGACAGCCCGGGCUUUGCGUAUCGUCCGCUUCACCAAGAUCCUCAGCCUCCUGCGUCUCUUGCGUCUCUCCCGCCUCAUUCGAUACAUUCACCAGUGGGAAGAGAUCUUCCACAUGACCUACGACCUGGCGAGUGCCGUGGUGCGCAUAGUGAACCUCAUUGGCAUGAUGCUUCUGCUCUGCCAUUGGGACGGCUGCCUGCAGUUCCUGGUGCCCAUGCUGCAGGACUUCCCCGAUGACUGCUGGGUAUCCAUCAACAACAUGGUGAACAACUCCUGGGGAAAGCAGUAUUCGUACGCACUCUUCAAGGCCAUGAGCCACAUGCUGUGCAUCGGGUACGGACGGCAGGCGCCCGUGGGCAUGUCGGACGUCUGGCUCACCAUGCUCAGCAUGAUUGUGGGUGCCACCUGCUAUGCCAUGUUCAUCGGCCACGCCACGGCCCUCAUCCAGUCCCUGGACUCCUCCCGGCGCCAGUACCAGGAAAAGUACAAGCAGGUGGAGCAGUACAUGUCCUUCCAUAAGCUCCCACCCGACACGCGGCAGCGCAUCCACGACUACUAUGAGCACCGCUACCAAGGCAAGAUGUUCGAUGAGGAGAGCAUCCUGGGCGAGCUGAGCGAGCCGCUGAGGGAGGAGAUCAUCAACUUCAACUGCCGGAAGCUGGUGGCCUCCAUGCCACUGUUCGCCAACGCGGACCCCAACUUCGUGACCUCCAUGCUGACCAAGCUGCGCUUCGAGGUCUUCCAGCCCGGGGACUACAUCAUCCGUGAGGGCACCAUCGGCAAGAAGAUGUACUUCAUCCAGCAUGGCGUGGUCAGUGUGCUCACCAAGGGCAACAAGGAGACCAAGCUGGCAGAUGGCUCCUACUUUGGAGAGAUCUGCUUGCUGACUCGGGGUCGGCGAACGGCCAGCGUGAGGGCCGACACCUACUGCCGCCUCUACUCGCUGAGUGUGGACAACUUCAAUGAGGUGCUGGAGGAGUACCCCAUGAUGCGGCGGGCCUUCGAGACGGUGGCGCUGGACCGCCUGGACCGCAUCGGCAAGAAGAACUCCAUCCUCCUCCACAAAGUCCAGCACGACCUCAACUCAGGCGUCUUCAACUACCAGGAGAACGAGAUCAUCCAGCAGAUCGUGCAGCAUGACCGCGAGAUGGCUCACUGCGCUCACCGCGUCCAGGCCGCCGCCUCGGCCACCCCGACCCCCACGCCGGUCAUCUGGACGCCGCUGAUCCAGGCGCCGCUGCAGGCCGCCGCGGCCACCACCUCGGUGGCCAUCGCGCUCACCCACCACCCCCGCCUGCCCGCCGCCAUCUUCCGCCCCCCUCCCGGCCCCGGGCUAGGCGGCCUCGGCGCGGGGCAGACGCCCCGACACCUGAAGCGGCUGCAGUCCCUGAUCCCGUCGGCGCUGGGCUCUGCCUCGCCCGCCAGCAGCCCGUCGCAGGUGGACACGCCGUCUUCCUCCUCCUUCCACAUCCAGCAGCUGGCCGGCUUCUCCGCGCCCGCGGGCCUGAGCCCGCUCCUGCCCUCGUCCGGCUCCUCCCCGCCCCCCGGGCUCGGCGGCUCCUCCCCGGCUCCCACGCCCUCCGCCUCUGCAGCCGCCACGGCGGCCGCCGGCUUCGGCCACUUCCACAAGGCGCUGGGCGGCUCCCUGUCCUCGUCCGACUCUCCGCUGCUCACGCCGCUGCAGUCCGGCGCCCGCUCGCCGCAGGCCAACCAGCCGCCGCCCCCGCUGCCGGGGGCUCGGGGGGGCCUGGGACUCCUGGAGCACUUCCUGCCGCCCCCGCCCUCCUCCCGGUCCCCGUCGGCCAGCCCCGGGCAGCUGGGCCAGCCACCUGGGGAGCUGUCCCCGGGCCUGGCCGCCGGCCCGCCAAGUACGCCAGAGACGCCCCCGCGGCAACCCGAGCGGCCGUCCUUCGUGGCGGGGGCCUCCGGGGGGGCUUCUCCCGUAGCCUUUCCCCCCCGCGGAGGUCUCAGCCCCCCAGGCCACAGCCCCGGCCCCCCAAGAACUUUCCCAAGUGCCCCCCCUCGGGCCUCCGGCUCCCACGGUUCCUUGCUCCUGCCGCCCGCCUCCAGCCCCCCAGCUCCCCAGGUACCCCAGCGCCGCGGCACGCCACCCCUCACCCCGGGCCGCCUCACCCAGGACCUCAAGCUCAUCUCAGCCUCCCAGCCGGCCCUGCCCCAGGACGGGGCGCAGACUCUCCGCAGAGCCUCUCCGCACUCCUCGGGGGAGUCCAUGGCGGCCUUCCCGCUUGUCCCCAGGGCCGGCGGCGCUAGCGGGGGCAGCGGGGGCCUCGUUCCCCCGGGGAGGCCCUAUGGUGCCGUCCCUGGCCAGCAUGUCACUCUGCCUCGGAAGACAUCCUCAGGUUCUUUGCCACCCCCUCUCUCUUUGUUUGGGGCAAGAGCCGCCUCUUCUGGGGGGCCCCCUCUGACUGCUGCCCCCCAGAGGGAACCUGGGGCCAGGUCUGAGCCAGUGCGCUCCAAACUGCCGUCCAAUCUAUGAGCGGGGCCCCUCCUUCCUUCUUCUCUCUCCUUUUUUUCUCCCUUCAGGUUUAACUGUGAUUAGGAGAUAUACCAAUAACAAUAAUAAUUAUCAUUAAAAAAACCCCACACCAGAAAAACAAAAGACAGCAGAAAAUAACCAGGUAUUCUUAGAGCUAUAGAUUUUUGGUCACUUGCUUUUAUAGACUAUUUUAAUA